GAGUCACAGGGAUCUCCACAGGCACAGUUCGGCCUCCACCAUGAAGCCCUCUGCAGACGUGCUUCAGAUCAUCGCCUGCACCGUUCUCAUCCUCGUGAGCUUCGUAGGAAACGUGUGUUUAUUUUAUUCCACAAGUAAGUGCCUCACCGGGGGCCUGCAGACAUCUUUUCUCCUCAUUAUCAGCCUCGUGUUUGUCCACCUUAUUAAAAACCUGGUGGUGAACAUCCUCAAGAUUGUUUAUUCUUCCGGUAUCUUGCUGGACUCAGUUGGUUGCAAAGCUCUACACUUCACCGCAGCGCUGACAACUUCCCUGACCAUCUGGUUCAUGUUACUCUUUGCCUUGUUCUACCACCGGAAGCUUUACCAAAUUGUCUACCCCUUGAGCGGAGCUGCAAACCUGAACCAACAGAAGUAUUCUGUGAAGGGUAUUUCUGCACUCUGGGUGGCUGGUGUGGCAGUGUAUAUCCCAGUGUUGAUAUAUACUAGAAAACCAGAGAGCCUCAAUUCUGGAAAUGAUACAGGCCCCCUGUCUACUAAAAGGAUUUACAUGGACUGCCUAAGUGGCUUUGCAAACGAGCAGGUAGAGUUUUACUAUGGGAAAAUAUUCUUAGUUCUGAUUGAUAUUCUUCCUCUGGCUAUCUUAGUAUUUGUCUGUUCCUGGAUGGCUCUCCUCCUCUUAGAGAAGAAGAAGAUGACAUAUGGCGACAUCUGGGUUGGAGAGGAUGACUCAGAAACGGAGGUCCUCCGAGGGGCCAAGUUCAGUAUCUUGUUAAUGCUGCUCAUCACCACGCUUUGGGUCUCUCACUUUAUCUUAGUCUAUUUUUUGAAGGAUUUGGCAGCGUGUGUCUUUAUCCCAGCUGUUCUCACAGCCCUGUCCUCUGGCUUCUCUGCUCUCAGUCCUUUCCUGCUUAUGUUGGUUAAUUACAAAAUGAAGCUGGUGUCUUUCUGUGGAGCCCAACGGGAAAAAUCCACACCACAGCCUCCAGACGUCAUUCUUUCUCCGUAUGCUUAAUGGCUGAGGGAAUGGGCUCAAGUGAAGCUUGAAAAAGCUGGCCCUGUCACUGAAGGGCAUGGCUGCAGCUUUCAAAGCCCUCAGCAAAUUUUCCAAA